GGUUACAGAGACGAUGAGAUGUUUAUAGCGUCUCAAGGUCCAACCAAGACAAUCCUGGAAGAUUUCCUGCGCAUGUUGUGGGAGCAAGAAGCUGAUAAAGUCGUUAUGCUGACAAACCUGGUGGAAGACGGCAAGCACAAAUGUGAGAUGUACUGGCCUGAAAAAGGCGACAUGAAAGUCGGGGAAAUGACAGUCAAACUGGCAACAACUCAAGUGUUUGCUGACUACACCAUUAGGAGGUUCCAGUUGAGAAAGGGAGUUGAGCCACUGAGGGAUGUGAUCCAGUUUCACUUCACCGCCUGGCCAGAUAAGGAUAUACCCACUGUACCUUGGGGUCUGGUCGACUUCGAGCAGAGGGUGGCUUCCUAUCUAACCAACAAACCUAUUGUAGUCCACUGCAGCGCUGGUGUGGGUCGCACUGGAACAUUCAUAGCGUUAAGGAACGUCAUGAGAGAAGCAGAAGAGACGGGUCACAUGGACUUUUUCAACACAGUGCGCAAACUGAGGCAGGACAGGGUCAACAUGGUGCAGACUGUGAAUCAGUACAUAUUUCUACACCGAGCAGCCCAUGUUGCCAUGUCCUGUAUUGGCACCUCUGUGACACUAGCAGACGUCGAGCAAAGAAUCCCCACACUCGAGGCCAAGUCAAAGUUUGGACCAACAAAGCUGCAGACAGAAUUUCAGGCGAUCUGCUCCAUCUGCGAGGAUCAUGCGGAGGAGGAGGCCACAUCUGAAGAGAGUCCAAGUUCUGUGUACGAGAACAGUCAGAACCUGCUCAAAAUACAAAAGAACAGAGUGCCCUCCGUUCUACCCAGGGAGACGUAUAGAGCCGUGCUCAGCUGUGACAGCAUCAACACUUCUGAUUACAUCAACGCCGUUCUUGUGCCGAGUUUCGUCAAACAGAACCAGAAGAUCCUGACUCAACUACCACUUGGGGCCACCGUCACCGACCUCUGGAGACUUGUCACUCAAUACAAAGUCUCCUUGAUAGUGGCUUUUGAGACAGACAAGAAGGCCACAGACCAG